UUACCCAGGGAAAGAGGUGUUGUGGAUCUGUUACGGAUCAUUUGCGCUCCUGCGGUGACGUGACUCGACCACGAGCAUUGACUUUGGAUUUUUUUAUCUUCGUAGAGCUUUUAUUUUGUAGAGCUAUAUUUUACCAUCAGGUUUGAUAGGAUUCCGACUUUUAGAGCUGGUGCGCACUCUUCUCCCAGUUGUAUCGGCUCGGUGACGCUGCUCAGCUCCGCUCACCUGAGGAGGCUCAGUGUCACACAUGGACAGCGACAGGAUGUUUCUCUAAUCAGGCUGUGGACGAGCUGAGCGCGGGGAUGAAGGAUCGACUGGCCGAGCUGUCUGCUAGCCGGACACCAGCAGACGAGGAUGUUGCAGUCACGGUGGACAGAGAUGGCUUCAUGGAGAGCUUCUUCAGGAGGGUUGAAGAAGUUCGAGGACUCAUUGAUAAGAUCGCCUACCAAGUGGAGGAGGUGAGGAAGAUGCACAGCAUGAUCCUGUCUGCACCCAACCCUGAUGACAGAACAAAGGAUCAACUGGAUGCUCUGACCAAUGAUAUCAAAGGGAACGCCAACGUGGUGCGAACAAAAUUAAAAUCCAUGGAGCAGAGUAUGCCCAAAGAUGAUGCAGUCAACAGAUCCUCUGUUGACUUCAGGAUCCAGAAAACACAGCACACAGUGCUGUCAAGGAAGUUUGUGGAGGUCAUGACCCAGUACAAUGAGACGCAAGUUUUCUUUCGGGAAAGAAGCAAAGGAAGGAUCCAGAGACAGCUGGAGAUAACUGGAAGAUUGACCACUAUUGAGGAGCUGGAGAACAUGUUAGAAAGUGGAAAUCCAUCCAUCUUUACAUCUGAUAUCAUUUCUGAUUCCCAGAUCACACGUCAGGCCGUAAACGAGAUAGAGUCACGACACCAAGACAUCAUUCGUCUGGAGUCGAGCAUCAGAGAGCUCCAUGCCAUGUUCAUGGACAUGGCAAUGCUGGUAGAAACUCAGGGGGAAAUGGUUGACAACAUUGAGAAGAACGUCUCCAACGCAGCCGAAUACAUUCUCCGUGCAAAGGAAGAGACCAAAAAGGCAGUGAGAUACCAGAAAAAAUCCCGCAGGAAAUGCAUCAUCCUUGCCUUUGCUCUGUUGAUCCUGCUAGCUGUCAUUGCACUAAUUGUUGGCCUGUCUGUUGGACUAACCAAACCUCCUGUAUGAGUCCUCUGUGAGUACUGUGUGAGAAACGUCUCUGCCUUGCCACGUGUGGGGCUGCAGGUCUCCUCUUUUUACUCAUCAUAAUAGUCGGAGUGUUUGAGUGAUGGAUGUCAUGGUUUGCAGACUGUUAGCACUGUGGGCUGCUCCUGUAGUGAAGAGGCAGGAGACAGCUUAAUAAAAACACAGUCAUUCACUAUCCAACAGCAUAACAGAGAUGAUCUGGUAACAUCAGACCUCAUGAUACACUGUUCUGGAGCAGUUCUAUACAGGUAGAACAAACGUUCUGCACAUAUCCCUUUGCCUUAGCUUUGAUAUAAUGAACACUGACAGCACAUCACAUUCAUACACUGGUGUACAUUCUCUGUUGCUGCCAAUAUUCAUAUUGUGUAUCACCUUCAGACAUUUCUGUAUCUCAAGGAAUGGUUUUACAUGUUGGAGGAAUACUUUUAUUCACCUCCUUGCAGAGAGAGGUAGAUGAGACUAGUGGUUUCAUGUCUACAUGAAGCUACACCACCAGAAGCCUCAUACCUUAGCUUCUCAGACUGGAACAGAAAGCAGCUAGCCUUACUCUGUCCAAAGUGGAGCCCGGCCAAUAUAUAGGUAAGCUAACAAAAAUCUGUAGAUAUGAGCCUUUCACAGACAAAUUGAUAUAAACGUUUAUAUUUGCUGAUAUGAAAAGAAGAUUUUUUACAUUAUAAACAACAAUGCUGAAAAGAUGUGCACUUAUGUUUAGAUUUUCUGUAAAAGAAAAAAAUCUCUAUUAAUAAUAAUAAUCAGCUGGGUUUUUGAUUUCAAUUUGUGGUUAUUUAUGAUAAAGUUUAGGGUUAAACCAUAAAAUAUCAUGGCUCAUUUACAUUUAUUUGUCAUAAGGGUUUGAUCCAUCCACAAAAAUCCAUAUUGGCCAGGUCUAGUCCAAAGGUUACAGAACCCCUGACACAUGAAGGUUUUAUGGGGGAUUAUUAUGUGCCACACUAUUUCUUGUGUAUUUCAGAUGCAGUGACUUCCUGGACUCUUGUUCACAUUGUGAGGUUUGCUGGUUGGCAAGGAAACACGUAGCAGCUCCAGGAAGUCACUGGUGCCGGUACCAAGAUAUAUCACGUCAGAGGUGCCUUUUAGGUCAUUUUGUUUCCUGUGGGCAGAGCCAGGCUGUUUCAUUAAUGCUAAGCUAUCGGCUGCAGCUUCAUAUUUAGCAUUGUAUAGACAUUGGAGUGGUAUCGGUCUCCUCAUCUUAUUUUUGAAAAGAAAUGUGUGCCUUACAAAAUGCCUUAACUAUAGCUUAGAGUAUCUAUUGUAUAAUCCUUAUGUUCUCCUGUUCUAUUGUAUAUUUACUGUAAUCUAUGGGAACUAAAUGAAAAGCUACUACAACAAGGAAUCUCGCUAGGAUUAAUCAAAUGGAAGUCAUCAAUUGAUUUAAUAGCUCUUACAAAGUGCCUCCUUGACAUUUAAUAUAGAACUUUAACUUAUUGAAUUGUAUUUAUCAUGAUCAAUGUGUGUGAUGACUGAAAUACUAGUUGCGAAAAAUUCAUGCUGUAAAAUAGGACUCUUGAAUGAUAUUUCAAGAGCACGCAUUUUCAUUUUGAUACAUUUGAUUAUUUUCUCGUGUUUUUAGCUUAUAUCUUGUAUUUUAUACAUAAGAAUUCAGUCAGGUGAAUAAAAGUAAUAGUAAAAAGGGCCCUGCAGAUUGUGUGCUUAUUUGUUUCCUAUCAUACUGCCAUACCAAGGGUGAUAAAAGUGAACAAUCCAGAUAAAUUAAUUUGCAAACACCUCUGAAAUAAGGUCAUUCUCUCUGUUCUUUAACAAUCCAAACAUUUGGAGAUUAUGGUUAUUUAGAGGGAAGCAGAAAGAAACUGAGGGUGCUGUUUACUUCAGGACUAAUUAGCACUUUGCACAAAGCGCUUGACUUCCGUGUAAUCAACCAAACAAGAUUAGUGAAGAAAGUGGAGGCAGGUCCCUGGAGGGCAGGUUCUUUCCUCUCUAUGAAUCAGAUCAAAAGAAAACUUCAGAGGUGCACUUAGACAGAAAUGCCAGUGAAUGUCCUCAAAAUCUGUACGACGAUGUUUCCAGGUCACUGAUCCAGACAUCCACGAUGUCAUGUCAAGUAACUUUAUGAACUGUGAUUAAACUUGGACACAGCGGUGUAUUUGAAUGAGUCAUUUUUAUGGCCAUGUUGAAGUUAAACAAGAACAAAUGUGUGAAAAGGUUGUGCAUUCUUAUUUAUAAUUUUUGUGUUGUGAAUAAUAUAGAAUGCAUUCUGCUCAACAUGUUCCGUGUUGUCUGUGAUGCUAAGAGUGACAGUAAGCAGACUAUUUAAAUUUGAGAAUGAAGAAAAUGAACACUUUCUUCAUUAAGCAGAUAAUAGAAAUAAAAGAGAUAUUGAAACUC